AUGUGUUCGGAUAGCACUGGUAGUUGGGAUGACAGUGGUCAGCCUUUGGAAUAUGAAUGGAAACUUCUAAACGGUCCGGCAAUUUCAUUACCUGCAAUGAACACAGCUGUGCUCCGCCUUGAUAAUCUUGUCACCGGAAAUUAUACCUUUGGAUUGAUAGUCAAAGAUCAACAAGGAGCUACUGAUGAGAAACACGCAGAAAUAGUUGUUGCUGCAAAAAGAGAUGAUCCACCGAAAGCUUCAAUAACGGUUUGUGGUGAUCCAUUAAGCCGCUCGGCAGUAGAUGUUCGCCUCCCGCAAAAUAGUCUUCAGCUGUGUGCCAAUACUUCUACUGAUGAUAACGGUAUUGCAACGUAUAAGUGGUUUCGGGUGGAUAACUAUACAACCAAACUUUCUGUCGAUUUUACAGGUUUUCCUUUUCCUAUUUUCACAUCACUUUAG